AUGCCUACCUUGACUAUAAGAGUUGAAGAUAUGGAAGGAAAUGUACGCAUACAGCAAGUAGAUAGCUCUUGAACUUAUGCUCGACUUCACGAAGAGCUUUUAAAAUUGUUUGAGAAUCCAAACUCAACACCGACUGUGAUUUGCAAUAGUAAGUAUAUGAACUUGGCGAUAUCAGGUGGACGUACUUUGGAAGAGCUGCGCUUUGAAAACAACUGUUCACUCCAACUUCUUGAGAAAAUGAAAGGGGGAAAUUAA